AUGCCCGCGGAUCCCCGAUUGGGCGAAUUGUUCCCGUCGAUGGUGCCUCGAGUGCUGACUCGCCCGCAUAUCAUCUCUACCGCCAAGACCCCAGGCACGAAGGGGCAGGUUACGACCAAGGCCGUUCGUUUGCCGAAUAUUAAGCAGCAUGGCGAGAUGCUCAACAAGCUCUGCGCAAUCCUUCCAGUCCACGCAGUUAUUGCACACCCGUCCCUCGUCGAACAAGCGUUGAACACACUACCUGACCUCCUGGCCUUCGAGAAAGAGUUGGAUGAAGAGAAGGCUCCACGUCUUGUAACUCAUGAGCUCAAGCAACUCGGGGGCAAGACUGCAAGCAAGGCCACGAAGCGGAUGCUGACGCAUCUGCUAACUGAUGAGCUAGCUGCACAGUUCUCGUGGAUCGGAAGAAAGGGAAAACUCAACUUUUCAGUUUUAAAGACUGCCGCUGCAACUACUGAUGCUGCAAACAUGUUGCCAGGAGGUAAAGAUGCCAUCGAGGACACAAUCAAGUCUUGGCUUCGGCACGCCCCUCAAAGGGCCAAGGGCCAAAGGUGCAAAGCACCUCAAGCGGACCAGACUGAAGGUACACUUUUCAUGCAUGUGUAG